UCUGUGUGUGGUACGGCAAGCGGUGGAGAGACUGGGUAGAGUGAAUACAGGCGACUGGUAUGCUUGAACGUCAAACUUUUCAAUUUCUAACCUCUUCAAAUUCACAAUCACGGAUUUUGUGAUCUACACCCUCUUCACACUGAACAACGUGGGACCACGAAGGACUUUUUUUCUGACCUGAGGACAGCGGCGAAGACACAAUCGACUGCUGCCCGACGUCCAAUCGGAAAAGCAGUCUCGAGGCGCUUCGAGCUGCUCCUGAGAUCACUACACGUUCUAAGAAGCCCACUGGAUUGUUCCUAUCUUGCGCCUGUUUUCUAACUAGAUCGUUUUUCGAUCCGUGAAGUCACAACCCCAGCAUCCUGGUGGUUUUGGCAUUACCGUGGAAGGAAUAAUUGCUGUUGCCUACUCGUAAUCGUGGACGGAGGUUGAGGCGUUGUGGAGACAAAAGGUAAAACAGACGAUGGCUUUCAGGAGGUUGAGUUGCAGCGUGAUAGCGAGGCUUCUGUAAGGUUACAGCGUUUACUGUUGUCCGAUUGACGUAAGUUGGCUUGUAACAAGUCGUAUUGACAAAAUCAGCCAACGUUUUGAAGUAGAAAGCCUUUUCAUCUUUGAGAUUGAAUUGAUUAGUCAUGUAGGGUAUUUGUAGCUUCCUAGAAGGUACGUUUCCCACAAAGUAAAUUAUACGACAUUUUACCAGUCGAAUGGAUAUCAAUUUUAUGUACGUUUAUUUUGUUUAUUUGUUGAAGCUAACGUCAGCUACUGAGGGGUAAUGUUAACGUUAGCCAGCGAGCUACAGCUAUGUGCCAUUUUGCGGCUCACUGAAUAAGUAAUAUCGCCAUCGUGGUUCAUGUUUUGUCCGUAUUGUUGUUUUUAAGAGGCUUUAUGAUGGUACUCCAAACAAGUUCUGCUUGUUUGAAAUUGUUGAUAGUCGAAUGAGUUGUGUGGGAUACACCGUAUUUGGUUUAAUUGGCGAGCUUCGGUUUGUAUGUAAUGAACCGAUUCAACAUGAAUUGCUUGCAUAGUUGUCGCCUCAACUGACGGUUCCUUCCCAAGCACUCUCGUCCUCCAAAGAAGAGUGGCUGUUUGUGGUAGCAAUAUUAUCUGUGCAAUCCAGCCAACGCUCUGUUUUGUUUUUCUUUUCCCUUUUUUUGUACUGGUUUUUCAUCGGCUGCCGUCAAGGAUAAGGAGGUUAAAAUUCACCAACGGAGAUCGAAAGAGCAAAAGGAUUGGGUCGAAGUGUGUUUUCCUCCGACUGAAGACUGGGCUUUGUCCGAGCGCCAGUGUGUGCUGGGAGGGGUGGCGGGCCGUUGCUCAUCUACUCGGAUUACUGAAAACGCCAGAUUUUCUGGAUUCCCCCUCUGAAAGGAUACAUUGAAGAUGUAUCCACAAGGCCGGCAUCCGGCGCCCCAUCAGCCAGGUCAGCCUGGAUUCAAAUUCACUGUUGCUGAGUCCUGUGACAGGAUCAAAGACGAGUUCCAAUUCCUGCAAGCCCAAUAUCACAGUCUGAAGGUGGAGUACGAUAAACUGGCUAAUGAAAAGACAGAGAUGCAGCGCCAUUACGUCAUGUACUACGAGAUGUCAUAUGGGCUGAACAUCGAAAUGCACAAGCAGACUGAGAUUGCCAAGCGCCUCAAUGCCAUUCUCGCUCAAAUCAUGCCUUUCUUGUCACAAGAGCACCAACAGCAGGUUGCGCAGGCUGUUGAGCGUGCCAAGCAGGUGACUAUGACGGAGUUGAAUGCCAUCAUCGGGGUACGUGGACUUCCCAAUCUGCCUCUCACCCCACAGCAACAUGCUGUCUACCCAGCCCUGAUGCAGCAACAGCUCCAGGCUCAGCACCUCUCCCACGCGGCCCACGGGCCUCCAGUGCAGCUUCCCCCACAUCCGUCGGGCCUGCAGCCCCCGGGCCUGCCCCCCGGCACGGGCUCUGGAUCCGGCCUGUUGGCCCUCGGAGCCCUGGGCAGCCAGCCUCACCUCCCCGUCAAGGACGAGAAGAACCACCACGACAUGGAGCACAGAGAUCGCGAGUCUAGCACGAAUAACUCGGUGUCCCCGUCAGACAGCCUGCGUGCCAGUGAGAAGCAUCGCGGCUCCUCAGACUACAGCCUGGACUCCAAGAAGCGCAAAGUGGAGGAGAAGGACAGCAUGAGCAGAUAUGAUAGCGAUGGAGACAAGAGUGACGAUCUGGUCGUGGAUGUCUCAGGUCACGAGGAUCCGGCCACCCCCAGAGUCAGCCCCACCCACUCGCCCCCGGAGAACGGGCUGGACAAGGCGCGCGCCCUGAAGAAGGAUGCCCCCAACAGCCCUGCCUCCGUCGCCUCCUCCGGCAGCACGCCCUCCUCCAAGGCCAAGGACCACUCCCACAAUGACAAGUCCUCCACGCCGGGUCUGAAGUCCAACACCCCCACGCCCCGUAACGAUGCGCCCACACCCGGCACCAGCAGCACCCCAGGGCUGAGGCCCAUCCUGGGCAAGCCCCCUGGCAUGGAGGCUCUGGCUGCCCCUGCUCUGCGCACCCCUCUGUCAAUCGCUGGUUCCUACGCGACUCCCUUCGCCAUGAUGGGUCAUCACGAGAUGAACGGCUCCCUGACGAGUCCUGGGGUCUACGCCGGCCUCCACAUCUCCCCUCAGAUGAGCGCCGCUGCUGCUGCCGCCUACGGACGCUCGCCCAUGGCGGGGUUUGAUCCACAUCCUCACAUGAGGGCUCCAGGCCUCCCCACCAGCCUCACCUCAAUCUCUGGAGGAAAGCCUGCCUACUCCUUCCACGUCAGCGCUGACGGCCAGAUGCAGCCGGUGCCCUUUCCGCCGGAUGCCCUGAUCGGGCCGGGCAUCCCGCGCCACGCGCGCCAGAUCAACACGCUGUGCCACGGCGAGGUGGUGUGCGCCGUCACCAUCAGCAACCCCACGCGCCACGUCUACACCGGCGGCAAGGGCUGCGUCAAGAUCUGGGACAUCAGCCAGCCGGGCAGCAAGAGCCCCGUGUCUCAGCUCGACUGCCUGAACCGUGACAACUACAUCCGCUCGUGUAAGCUGCUCCCCGACGGCCGCACGCUGAUCGUGGGCGGCGAGGCCAGCACGCUGACCAUCUGGGACCUGGCCUCGCAGACGCCGCGCAUCAAGGCGGAGCUGACGUCGUCGGCGCCCGCCUGCUACGCCCUGGCCAUCAGCCCCGACGCCAAGGUCUGCUUCUCCUGCUGCAGCGACGGCAACAUCGCCGUCUGGGACCUGCACAACCAGACGCUCGUCAGGCAGUUCCAGGGCCACACUGACGGCGCGAGCUGCAUCGAUAUCUCCCACGACGGGACCAAGCUGUGGACGGGCGGCCUGGACAACACCGUUCGCUCCUGGGACCUGCGGGAGGGCCGGCAGCUGCAGCAGCACGACUUCACCUCACAGAUCUUCUCGCUGGGCUACUGUCCGACGGGCGAGUGGCUAGCGGUGGGCAUGGAGAGCAGUAACGUGGAGGUGCUCCACCACACCAAGCCAGACAAGUACCAGCUGCACCUGCACGAGAGCUGCGUGCUGUCACUCAAGUUCGCCUACUGCGGUAAAUGGUUCGUGAGCACAGGGAAGGACAAUCUACUCAAUGCCUGGAGGACUCCCUACGGUGCCAGCAUAUUCCAGUCCAAGGAAUCCUCGUCUGUGCUGAGCUGUGACAUCUCGGCUGACGACAAGUACAUUGUGACGGGCUCCGGGGACAAGAAGGCUACUGUUUACGAGGUCAUCUACUGAGACGGAGGAGGAGGAGCCACCAAGGACUAGAUGGCGCACCCCUCUUUUUUUGGAACGGGUGCGCUUGAAGUGAGGGGGAGUCUGCUCACCCUCUACCUCUCCCCUUGCACUCAAAAAAAACUCCUCGGACCUACCCGGACCUCCUUCUGUUUCCCAGACAGCCGCCUCCCCCCUCUUCCUGGCUUGUGCUCUGGAGAUUCGAGAUGGGGGGAGAUUGGGGGGGGGUUGCGAUAUGGGGGAGGGAGACCGGUCAGCUCUGGAUUGAUAAACGAAACAGGCGACAGCGAUCGAUGUCCCUGGCCUCAUGUCUCACAGUGGAUGUUUGUUUGGCUUCAGUCUUCAGUAGAGCUUUGUUGCAUUACAGUACACGGCUAACACUUCCACGCCCAAUGCAGCUCCUUUUGGCACUAAAGAAGUAAAUACUGUCAUGCUGUUUGAAAUCAGUCGUUUUUUGUUUUGUUCGAGGUCUCCUUCUCCUGGGGUUGUGUUCUCAUCUUUCUGCGUUUUUUUUCUCUCUCCUUUGUUUUGUUUUAUGUUUUUUUUUUUUUUUUUAAACAAAAUGAGAAUGUUCUGUGAUGUAACAUGAAGCGGUGCUUCAUUUUUAAACUGUGCUCCUUGGACGUCUUGUGAAAAGUGUAAAUACUGGAGUAAUAAAGACAUUUUAUAAAUAUAUAUAUUAAAUAUAUAUAUAUUUUCAUGUCCUGGUAUACUUGUGAUGGUUUCUUCCCAUCUCCUAAAUGCUUGCAUAGAAAGUAGGUUAGAAGAUUUUUUUUUUUCCCCAAGCAUUUUUUUUUAUAAGCACAAUCUCCAGGCUGACCUUGUCUGUCAUUGGGGAGGGGGAGAAACUGAAUGAAAAAAGAAAAAAACUACACAGGAACUCCUGAGCCGGAACAUUUUGCAGAGAUGGAAAUGGAAAUAUUCUUUUUUUCCCCCUUUUUGGAUACAUCCUUUGGAUAUGAGCUGAAACAGGAAGUGGGCUGCUGGAUGUGUGCCCACUGCUUCCUGUUGGAGUGUGUGUGAAUUGGAGCGCACGCACGCGUGCACACGCAUGCACACACAGUCAAGCUUGCGCAGGACAACUGAGGGGAGGCACUGUUCGACGGAGACCUUGUAAAUGAAUCCAUAUCAUUAAACAUUAAGUUAAACUAACCGUA